AUGUCUAUCCCUACAGAUCUCUACGUGCACAGAGUCCGACUGAAGCCUGGGCUUAAACCAUGGAAUCGUUCGAAACGAAGACAUUGGACUCCCCCACAGAAGUACUGGUUGACCAAGCUGACACAAGAGUGUCUUGAUGCUGGAUUGUAUGAGUCAAGUAUGGCAGCGAAUGGACAUCUCUCAGACUGGAUAGCUCAGCCGGUUCUUGUCGCGAAGAGGAAGGCCAGCAAUACAGCUAUUCCAAUACCCCCGUUUAUAGAUGGAGAAGAUCUAGAAUCAGCUAGGCCGGGGAAGACCCUGAAGCUGAGGGCCACAGGACGGGCACCGAAGCCGCUGGUAGAGACCUCGCGGCAUUGGCUCCUCAGGCAGAGCCUGGGAUCAACAACUACUACUUCAACACCCUACCAGGAUUCGCAUAAUUGGUAG